AUAGCCAAUGUAAUUUGACACUUCAACUUGCUGUGCUCUCUGCGAGUUGAUUCACUUAUUCUUCUACUAACACUGUGCUCCUUUUCCCCGUCUGGGAGAGGGUUGGGGUUGGUGUUUUUUUUUUGUUUUUAUUUUUUUCCUCCUAGAAAAGCACGCCAUAAGAGCGAUUGCAAGCCCCGCACACCCACAAAAACUUCACCUUUCCGGAGCCGCCGGACCGCGACCUGCAAUCCGCAGGAGAGAAGGACUAUUUCGCUUUUGAUUUAUUCUGAUGAUUAUCCUCGUCCUUUCGAUUGUUGCGCUGCCUGCCUGCUUCCGUAUGCAUUUUCCCCGCUGGCGAGCCGUGCCCGUUUCCUUCCCCCGCUCCGUCCCCGCGCCGUAGGAAGGACCUUGAUGAAUGCAGGCACUGCUCCCAGCUUCCUCCUCCUCCUCGUCUCUCUGUUUGUUAAGAGCUCCUGUUCCUUAAUUGAGUUGGCCUCUUCCAAGAGUUAAAAGAAAGAAUUUGAGGAAUUUACUGUACAAGAUCACAUUUGCCUUUCUUAACAAUAGACAAGUGGAAAAGACAACUCAAACCAGCAAUUUUAUUCCUAAAUGGUGAGCCAUCUAAAGGAAAAUAGAUCCUGUUAUGUGAAGUCUCAGAAGGCCUAGGUGGUGGUGCUCCUGGAGAGGAGGUGCUUAUGGGAUACUCAGCUUGAAGGAUUUUAAUGGCUUUCAGGUAGAACUGGAGACAAUCGAAAUGAAUUCUAUGGACAGACACAUACAGCAGACUAAUGAUCGGCUGCAGUGCAUAAAACAGCACUUACAGAAUCCUGCCAACUUCCACAAUGCAGCUACUGAACUUCUGGACUGGUGUGGAGAUCCAAGAGCGUUCCAAAGGCCCUUUGAACAGAGUCUCAUGGGCUGUUUGACGGUUGUUAGCAGAGUGGCAGCACAACAGGGCUUUGACCUGGACCUUGGAUAUCGGUUGCUGGCUGUUUGCGCAGCCAACAGGGACAAGUUCACACCAAAAUCAGCUGCACUGCUUUCAUCGUGGUGUGAAGAACUGGGACGACUCUUGCUGCUGCGCCACCAGAAAAGCCGGCAAAACGACCCUCCGGGGAAGCUGCCCAUGCAGGCACCCAUGAACUCCAUGAAACCUUCCCUUUCACAUAGGUGCAUAUGUGACGGCUGCCACCUUGACAGACCCCAGAGAUUGAAACGGGGACCUCCAGAGCUGAAAGCUGAUGGAUCAUUUCCUUAUGACUCUGUUCCCUGGCAACAAAACAGUAACCAACCACCAGGCUCCCUAUCGGUGGUCACGACAGUAUGGGGUGUGACUAAUACAUCCCAGAGCCAGGUGCUGGGAAAUCCCAUGGCAAAUGCCAACAGUGCUAUGAACCCAGCAGGGAAUCCCAUGGCUUCUGGGAUGACAGCCAGCAAUCCUGGCAUGAAUUCACCUCAGUUUGCAGGGCAGCAGCAGCCUUUCUCAGCCAAGGCAAGCUCCAAUCAGUCAUACAUUCAACAAGGCAUGUAUGGACGGCCUAACUACCCUGGGAGUGGAGGCUUUGCAGGAAGCUAUCCAGGAGGGCCUAAUAACCCCGCAGGAAUGGGGAUUCCGCCACACACCAGACCACCUGCUGAUUUCACUCAACCAGCAGCGGCUGCAGCUGCAGCUGCUGUUGCAGCCGCUGCUGCCACUGCCACAGCUACAGCUACUGCAACCGUCGCAGCGCUGCAGGAAACCCAAAACAAGGAAAUGAAUCAGUAUGGACCGGUUUGUUCCUCUUUCCAGAUGGGUCCAACACAGCCUUACAACAGCCAGUUCAUGAACCAGCCUGGCCCUCGGGGUCCCGCUUCCAUGCCAGCCAACCUGAACCCUGCAACCAUGGGGGCUGGCAUGACGCCUUCCAAUAUGACUGGGCCACCAAUAGGCAUGAGUCAGGCCAGGCCUCCAGGAAUAAGUCCUUUCAACCAUGGGCAGAGGAUGCCCCAGCAAGCUUACCCUGGCCCACGUCCUCAAUCGUUGCCUAUGCAAGGCAUGAAGAGACCAUACCCCGGAGAGCCGAAUUAUGGAAACCAGCAGUAUGGACCAAAUAACCAGUUUCCAUCCCAGCCUGUUCAAUAUCCUGCCCCCAAUCCCCCAAGACCCCUUACGUCACCCAACUACCCGGGGCAGAGAAUGCCAAACCAGCAAAACUCGGGGCAAUAUCCUGCUCCAGCCGUUAACAUGGGGCAAUAUUACAAGCCAUCAAGGCCUGUUCCUGGAGCAAAUUACCCUCAUUCACCUGUUCCAGGAAAUCCUACACCACCUAUGACUCCGGGGAGCAGUAUUCCUCCAUACCUAUCCCCUAAUCAAGAUGUCAAACCACCAUUCCCACCUGACAUUAAGCCAAAUAUCAACGCUUUGCCACCACCUCCAACCAACCAUAACGAUGAACUGCGUCUAACGUUCCCUGUGAGAGAUGGGGUCGUAUUAGAGCCCUUCCGGUUGGAACAUAACUUGGCAGUCAGCAAUCACGUCUUUCACCUGCGGCCUACUGUUCAUCAGACACUGAUGUGGAGAUCAGACUUGGAGUUACAAUUCAAGUGUUAUCACCAUGAGGACAGGCAGAUGAACACUAACUGGCCAGCAUCGGUCCAGGUCAGCGUCAAUGCAACUCCACUUACCAUCGAACGGGGUGACAACAAGACAUCACAUAAACCCCUGCACCUCAAGCACGUUUGCCAGCCAGGAAGAAAUACGAUUCAAAUUACCGUCACAGCAUGCUGUUGUUCCCAUCUGUUUGUUUUGCAGCUAGUACACCGGCCUUCAGUGCGUUCUGUUCUUCAGGGCUUAUUAAAGAAACGCCUGCUUCCAGCCGAACACUGUAUCACAAAAAUCAAGAGAAAUUUUAGCAGCGUGGCCGCCUCCUCGGGCAAUGCACCCCUCAACGGAGAGGAUGGAGUAGAGCAGACAGCGAUCAAAGUCUCUCUCAAAUGCCCAAUCACGUUCCGGCGGAUCCAGCUUCCAGCAAGAGGUCAUGAUUGCAAACACGUACAGUGCUUUGAUCUGGAAUCCUACCUCCAGCUGAACUGUGAACGAGGCACGUGGAGAUGCCCUGUAUGCAAUAAAACAGCUCUGCUGGAGGGCCUUGAGGUGGAUCAAUAUAUGUGGGGUAUUUUGAACGCUAUACAAAACUCUGAGUUUGAGGAAGUCACAAUUGACCCAACAUGCAGCUGGAGACCUGUUCCAAUCAAGUCAGACAUUCACAUCAAGGAUGAUCCAGAUGGCAUUCCUUCUAAAAGGUUUAAAACCAUGAGUCCUAGCCAGAUGAUCAUGCCUAAUGUGAUGGAGAUGAUUGCUGCCUUGGGUCCAGGUCCAUCUCCUUACCCAUCAAUUCCACCACCACCUGGUGGCACCAAUUCCAAUGAAUACAGUAGCCAAGGUAACAGUUACCAAGGUCACAGCAAUUUUGAUUUUCCUCACGGGAAUCCCGGUGGGACAUCUAUGAAUGACUUCAUGCAUGGUCCCCAACUGUCACACCCUCCGGAUAUGGCCAGCAACAUGGCAGCGCUUGAUAAACCCCUAAGUCAUCCCAUGCAGGAACCUAUCCCUCAUCCUGGCAACACUGAUCAAUCCCAUAGUUCCAUGCAGCAAGGUUUGCACGUCCCUCAUCCCAGCAGCCAGUCAGGGCAGCCAUUACAUCACAGCGGUCCCCCGACUCAGCCGUCCCGGCAGCCGACCCAGGCCGCUGCUAGCAACCAUCCACACAGUGACCUGGCUUUUAACCCCUCGGCAGCUUUAGAAGCUCAACCUGGUGGGCAGGGAACAUCUGACAUGCCGGAGCCUUCGCUGGAUCUGCUUCCUGAGCUCACAAAUCCAGAUGAGUUACUUUCAUAUUUGGAUCCUCCUGACUUACCAAGCAAUAGCAAUGACGACCUUCUCUCUCUUUUUGAGAACAACUGAAGCUUUCUGCAUUUUGUUCCCAACACCUUUCACCUGUUUGACACAUCUGUAGCUUCACAGUGAGGAAUCUCAAGUUACUCUUUUCCACAAGGACAAGCUCACGGCUUGAGCGUACAGCACACACUCCUUCCUUUCUUCAUCCCCGAACUGCUUGAAUCAAAAAGCUUUGAUGGUGGCAGUGGGGAGAAGGAAGAGGACAAUAUGGCAUUGACCUCCUAGACUGCCUUGCCACAUCACAGGCCAUUUGUACAGCUGUGGAAAACCUCACUUCUGGCUAGUUCUGCAGAGAGAAUGCGAGCGGAUGACUCUUGGGAUAUCUAGCAAGAAACAUCCCAGCCAGUCUCAGCAAGGGAAGAAAGAAACAGCAACAGGUCCAUUCUUAACGACCAGUUUCAGCGGGUCUUUCCAACCUGUGUUCUUCCAUCAUUUCCUUCCUUUUGCUGUAAUGUCUGUUCCACUCAGUCCUCCCCAAGUUAUGCAGGUUCCGUUCUGUCUGUCAGACAAACUAAGGACAACAUUUGGCAGUGCAUUCAGAUUAACUGAGCAAACUGGGAAUCAUAAAAUACCAAAAAGCACAAAGAAAUCAGUCAUGUCACAAGUAGGAUAAACAUACAACAUGUAUCAAAGGGAGACAUCAGACAGUGGUUUUUCCAUGGUGGAAGAGUCCUGUGAAAUCUCCAGGUUGUGGCAAGUGUGUUUUUUUUCUAGUAAAUUGUAGCAACCUUUUUUGUUUAGUUACUCUUGUGGGCAGAAUAAUUCUCUCCCUUUACACAGUGUAUAUUGUCCUGCUUCUCAUGUGUUUUCCUACAAAAGUCUCUUUUCAGUUUAUUGCCUUUUUGAUAACAGAGCAGCCAGUCACUGAAAAAAGAAAAGAAAAAUGGGAGAGAGGAGAAGAACUGUAUUUGUAUAUGAAGUGAGAAAACCCUGCAAAAUAUUGGCGAUGAGAACGUCCUCUUUUCUUGACCUGUGCAGCUAGAACAUUGCUCAGCUCCUACCAGGAAAAAGGAAAGGGCCAGGAACACGGAAAAAGCCCCCCUUGCAGGGGUAUCUGGGAGGGGUUCAAAGUCAAGAUGGCAGCCACAACCAUGUGAUCAAAACUCUGCCCCUUUUUAACACGUCAGGUGUGCGAUUCGAGUAAAAAAAGAGGCAGGUUGCCAGCAAACCAUCACAGCUGAAAUCUUGACUCUCUUGACCCAUCAGAUAUCCCUGCCCAUUUAAUUCAAGCCAGGAGAGGGGAAACUCAUUUAAGUAAUUGAAACAGGCGUUUAUAUUGGGAGAAACACCGUAUAGCCCUGAUGGCUUGCCUUGUAUUUUCCAGGCUGUGUAGUGAUUCAUCCUUUUGCUGUUGUGUUUUAUCAUAUACCGGCCAGAACCUCUCCCCCUUUUUUUAAAAACAUAGAUUUCCAAGGAUAAUGGGCAUGGGGAAAAAGUAGUCAUUCUGUGCAAUUUUCCUGCUGAUUCUCAUGCCAGAUGCUUCCCUGGUACUUGUGAUUCUCCCUCGGUUGCUUCCUUCCUGCAUGAGCUUCCGGUCACUUCUGGGCCUGCUGUUGUGCUGUCGCCCACUUUUUAUAAAUUAUGUAUAGUAAACUCUGUGUUUAAAAAGUGCAUGUGUGCCAACUCUGCUCUUUCACAGGCCAACAUUUCAUCUUCUGCCUUCUGCGUACAGAUGUUGCUUCCCUCCUUCCUUCCUUCCUUCCUUCCUUCCUUCCUUCCUUCCUUCCUUCCUUCCUUCCUUCCUUCCUUUCCUCUUAAUAAAAAAACCAUGAUUGCUUCCUACCCUAUCCAGAAUCAAAUAUUUCCAUAUUUGAUUUCAACAGAAGGCUUUCAGCUUUGGGCCAGAGGUUCUCUGGCUUGUUGGUUUCAAUGUGUAAGUUCUAUCACCUUCUCCUAAAUGAAUGGCAUGAUAAAAAAUGUGCAUCCAUUCUGCAUUCGUUCUCUUCGCUGAAGUCAUGCUUGUAAAUUCUUGGAGCAUUUGUUCUUUGAUCUACCACCACUGCUGUAUAUGCAUCUUGAAAUAUAUAUGCAUAGAUAUAGAUAUCUAUAUAUCUCUCUAUAUAUAGAUAUGCGCUAACCCACAGCAUCUUGCUGUAGCUAAACAGGAAAUGGCAGUUUUAGUUCCUCUAUUCUUUUCCAACAGAAGUAUUGAAUUUUUAGAACAUUUUAUGUAGAGAUGUUCCUACAUUUACUUUCUCUCCACCUCCCCCUUUUUUUAAAAAAGUGCUGUUCAUUAUGCAAAAUCAAUCAUUUUAAGAAUUGAUAUUGUAAAUAUAUUUUGUGAAUAUCUUAGCAUUGUCAUUGAUUAUAAUAACCAACACUUUCCUGAGCUGAUUUGACAUGUAUUUUUAAGAUACAUAGUCUGGGGGGGAUGGCCUUUUCUCUUGCUUUUUUUUUUUCCCACUGCUAAAGGGUUCUUGAGCUAAGGGAGCAUUUACUUUUCUUUUUGAUAAAUUAGCCCCUCUCAGUUUGCAAAUCAAUAGAAUCCAUCUGGCCCGUGUGCUAAGGUGCCAUGCAGAAAAAAAAUAUGACCAAGAAUGAUGGCUGUCAUAACAUAAAUCACCUGCUUUAUAGACAAGUUAUUUCUUAAGAUUCUUGGUUAAACACCUCUGAGAAUUAUGCUACACCCAUGCAUAAGAGAGAAGAAGGGGAUAUAGGAUAGACCCUGCUAUCUUAUAUAUACCACAGUGCUUUGGGCUGAUUAUCCCAAGAUGGAUGGAUGACAAACCAUGAAGACAGAAGAUAGAGCCUCCUCUGAGAAAUGCAGGAGGUAUUUUUUUUAAUACAAGAUAUUUCCCCUAGAUUAUGCAGCAUUAUUUGUGAUCACUGAACACCAGCCACAGCUAUGUAUGGUUGCCCACAACAGGCUUGGUAAAAUUACUAUUUUUCAUGCCUGUCAACUGAGAAGAUGCGGCCUUUGAGUGGCUUCAGCUUAAUGGUUACAAUUUGUUGCAGGCCAGUCUUAAGCCACAUACUGUGUUACGUCUCAUCUCUAAUUCUAUAAAAUAGCCCCUUUAUCAUUAAGCACACAUCUGUUGGAACUAGUACUUGAACCUGUUUUUUUUUCUCUUGCUUUUUUGUGUAACUGGAAACAAAACUAUUUCAAAGCAGAUGUGAUAGGCUCAUGGUGAUCUAAAUAAAGCCUAUAAAAAGUAGCUUCUUUGGGAAGUAUAAAAGGAAAAUCAUCUAGGAUUAAAGACAUCAUUGGUAUAAGGCUUCCCAUUAUUUGAAGAUUUAUCUCCUCUAGUAACAACUAAAUCUGCAUCUUGGGCAAAGGUAGAUGUUAUGUAUGCUGAUUUGGUAUGCAAAAAGGAGGAGAAUGUUUAUUGAACAUGGGAUCCAUAGAGCUAAGUUUGUGAAUAGAGUUUGGAUUUUAUCAAAACAGCAUGCUUUGUAAAAUCAGUCUAGAACUUCCCUGUACUCACCUACAUGUGCACACACACACACACAAAUGAUUCAUCAGCAUAUUGUAUUGCUGGGCUGCUGUAGGCUGGAAAAACUAAAGUACACUGGCAUCAUGUUAAAAUACAGAGAAACUCAGUCCUAUGCUUUCCUACUUAAAAGUCAGCCCUGUUAGUUCUGUGCAACUUACUCUCAGCAAAUGUAGAGGGUCAUAGCCUUAAUGAGUUGUUUGUGUUGAAGAGCAAAUUUAUAUUCCUACCAUAAGUUCCCCCCCCCAUUUGUCGUUUUAGGGGCAUUUUGUUUGAGUUUUCAUUUUUAAAGUUUCCCAAUAGUUACCUACUUGGAAAAGAAUACACAGAGAUUUAUUGUUCUACUGCCAAGACAUUGUUGUUAUUGUUGUUAUUGUUACUAUAGGAUGAUGAAAACACACUAAUGUCUGCAGUGGAGACGCCAAGGGACAUCUGUACAUAUGUAAAUGGAAAAUAGAGACAUGUUAACAGAAAUGUAUUCAUUUUCCUUGGAUUGUGUAUUGUUUUUAUUUUACAGGACAAAAAGAAAGCUUGAAGAUCCAUCUUAUGUGGAAAAUGAAUCCUGUUUGUUAGCGUUUGUGAAGUCUCCACCUUUGUUUCAUUUCUUGUAAUAUACUCUGACUCUUUUGUGAAAAAAAAAAGUUGCAUUUGUUUUGUUUUGUUUUACCUUCAUGUAAUAAUUAGCUUAAGUGUAUUAGUCUUUAUCAUCUGUGUAUUUUUAGGGUGCUACAAAAAUAAUGAAGAAAAUAAGGGGAUUAAAUAAUAAAAAGAUUGUAACCAAAUUCAAACUUUGUACAAUUUUUUGAUAUUGUGGAUCAGAGGAGAAUAAAAAAGUACAAUCUGAAUUAACAUGCAAAAAUGGCCAUUUGUCUUUGUUUGUACAUUGUAUGUACAGUACAACUCAGUCAUUUCAUACUUUGAAACUGGUCAGAAAAACAAUUGUGAUUUUUAGUCUUGCAAAAUUGUAUGUAGUUAGAUGAUGUGACAACCUAAUAUUUAUCUAAUAAAUAUGUAUUCAAAUGAAACCUGUA